AUGACUCUCCCCUUUGUCGGGCCCCUACCCCAACACAACCAAAACAUCGAUAUAGAAGCCCAACUCGACAUGGGUAUCCGGUAUCUGCAAGGACAAACGCACCGCUCUGUCUUAGUGAAUACCACAAUAGAGCUGUGCCACACAUCUUGCUUUCUUGAAGAUGCAGGCUCCCUCAAGUCCUUCCUGAAGACUAUCAAAAAGUGGCUAGAUGCCCAUCCAGACGAAGUCGUUACUCUUCUCUUGACCAACGGAGACUCGGUACCGGUCACCGAGUUCGGGGACACCUUCGCCAGCAGUGGAAUUGCAGAUUAUGCAUAUACACCCUCUGCAAACCCACUGCUCAUUGCAGACUGGCCUACACUGGGUGAUUUGAUCUCCAGCGGAAAGAGACUGGUCGUAUUCUUAGACUAUGGCGCCGAUCCUUCUAAAGUAGACUAUAUUCUAGAUGAAUUUGCCUAUUAUUUCGAGACAGCCUACGACAUCACAGAUUCCUCUUUCUCGAGCUGCAGCAUUGACCGGCCCUCCGGCGCCGCCGGUGAAGGUCGCAUGGGUAUUGUCAACCAUUUUCUCGAUAUAGACCUUUUCGGAGUCUUGAUCCCAGCUCGGGAUAAGGCAGACACUACUAACGCGGCGACGGGGCCUGGGAGUAUUGGGGCUCAGGCGGCGCUGUGUGCUGGUUUGUAUGGACGUGCGCCGAAUGUGGUUUUGGCGGAUUUUGUGGAUAAGGGGGAGGUUAUCAAGGCACAGAAUAGUCUAAACGGGUUCUAG